AUGAACAAAAUCGCAGUAUACGACACAUUCACAACAAUGCUGUUGAUCAGUAAAUAUUUUGAUGUCGCACUUUACUGUAUCGGCUUUAUUGUCAACACUUACGUCAACAUCGCCUAUUCUAAUGUGAAUGUGCUUCUCUAUCUCAAGUUGCAGACCAUCAAAACAUUCAUACCGCAUGAGCACAAACUAUUCCUGAAGGCUGUUCGGCGUCUGAACAACGUGGUAUUUUACAAGUGGAGCAUGUACGGUAUGUUUAUUGUUGAUGCGACAUUACCGCGGCGAUUGAUAGAACUCAUUGCCACGUAUACCGUCGUGUUCCUACAGUUCGCAUUUAAAUGA